AUGGAUGAUUUCGAAAAGUUAAGAACUUUUUGGUACUUUUACAACAUAACCGGGCUAGUAAGAGGUACUGAUAGCCGGCGGGUUACAGAUUUUGUAGUUUCGCCAGGGAAUGUUAAUUCGUGUUUACUUGUUAGAUUCAGUGACUUCCGAGGAAUCGGAAUCCAAACUUUCAAGGAGUCAUCCCACUAUAAGGAAGAAGCACGAACUAAUAUGUGGGAUGCUAGACGCUGUAAAGUUUCGGGUCUAAAGGAUAAGAAUAGACUGUGGGUGUGGUUCAACAUUUUUGAUAUUACCUGCCAAUUUCGUUUUGGUUUGUCGGAGGACGAAUUCGAGGAACGAGUCAUCCGAACUACUUUCGAGAAGCAUGCAGCGAACCGGUAUUCUGACAGGUUGUCCACCUACAAGACUUCUCGUGAGAGAGACGUGUCCAUUACAGACGACGUGUGGCAGGCUUGGGAGAGAGUUUGGGACUCUGAUGAGGCAAAGAAGAAAUCGGCCCAGGCGCGAGCCAAUCGGAUGAGCGAGCCGGCCCGACCUGGCACUGGACCGGUUCGACAUACCGGAGGGUCGAUGUCUGCUUUGAAGCAUAAGGCUGUUUUGGCUAGGGAGCUGGGGCGCGAGCCGACACAUGCUGAGGUGCAUAAGCGGAUGCACACUCUGAAGGCUGACCCGACCCGAUUCAUGGACGAGCGCGCGAGGAUUGCAGUCGAGCGUUUUGAGCAGGAGAUGCUGGCCGCUACACAAACAGCCGAGGGGAGUACAACAUCUACCCCAGUGGAUCCGAACGAAGUUUAUCUUGCUGUUGAGGGGGUAAGGAAGCGGCGUAUCUACGGAUUAGGCUCAAUUGGUUCUGAGUACGUAGCCUCUCAACGGGGUACUUCUAGUAGACGAGCCGGCAGCUCCUCUCAGACCGUGUCGCCAGCCGCCGAUGCGAGGUUCCGUACUGAUCUCAUCGCUCAGUUCGCGGAUACGAUCCGUGAUCAGGUCCAGAUUGCGGUUGCAGCGGCGAUGGAGCAGAUGCAUCAGCGGGCCCCGGGAGAUGUGCUACCCACUCCUCCACCACCGCCUCCAGCGGCUACUGAUGACGUCCCAGAUGACGACGUCACAGAUUUGUAG